UAUAUCUUACGGACAUAGAAUGCAAUUCUUAUUCUAAUUUCUAAAUAACAAUAUGGGAAACAUAGAUGAUGAGGUUGCGAAACUCUGUCUAGACAAAUAUGCCUCAUUGAAGAAAACUGGCAAACCGUCUGAAAAUGAAUGGACCGUUCUAUCUGGUGUAGUGUUACAAAAGGUGUCUAAAAAACUGUGCGUUGUAAGUUUAUGUACGGGAACGAAAUGUCUCAGUGGAAUGGAAUUGAGGAAUACGCGAUACGAGGAACGCGGUGAUAGACUGAGUGAUUCUCACGCUGAAAUAUUAGCUCGUCGUGCAUUUCUCCGCUAUUUGUAUAAUCAAAUUGAAUUGCUAAUUCGAAAUCAGAAAUGUGAUAUUUUUUACUUGGAAGACAAUAAAGUCAAGUUGAAUGAUGUGUCUUUUUAUUUUUACUCCAGUCAGACGCCAUGCGGUGAUUGCUCCAUAAUUCCAAAACUAAGCAAUGAAUUUGAUGACUCUGCGAGCUCUUGUAAGAGAAUAAAAAGAGAAAGUAUUGACAUCGAAGUAGAAUAUGGUUUAAAAGUAACAGAUAUAUAUAGAACGGGAGCUAAAUGUGUAGAGAGUGAAAAUAGGCAGGAUCCUAGGAAGGAUGGAGUGAAUUAUCAUCUCGUCGGCCCUUUAAGGACUAAACCUGGCAGAGGAGAUAGAACUCUUAGCUUAUCGUGCUCCGAUAAAAUAGCAAAGUGGAAUGUCAUGGGAGUACAAGGUGCACUGUUAUCAUUAAUGAUCCCUUCCAUAAGAUUUGAAAGGAUAAUUAUUGGCGGAGGCUGUCCUUAUUCUUUUGAAUCGAUGCAACGCGGAAUUUCUAGAAGAUUUGAUACAAAGAUCAAACAUCCGAUCAUUACGCAGUCAAAAUUGUCGUUUGAAUCGAGAAAGCAUGGCUGUUUAAGAUGCAAACCUUGUCCAUCGAGUAUUGUUUGGUGCGAAGUACCAGAAAGACAAAUUGAAAUUGCAGUAAACGGCAUUAAACAAGGAGCAACAAAAAAGAAAAAAAAUUCUUCUAGUCUUUUGAUUAGCAGAAAAGAAUUGUUCAAAACAUUUUUAAGAGUUUACGAUAUGUUGUUUGAUGCUAAACAAUUACAGCAUCCAAAAAAAAUAAUGUAUUUUCAUUAUAAACAGUAUUCGUUGUGUUAUCAAAAUUUAUGGAAAGAUACGUUAAAAGUAUUUCAUGCGUGGCCUGUGAAACCUUUGUAUCUACAAGAAUGCUUAUCUUUUUGAUUCUGUUUUAAUGUUAUUGUGUGCUAGCUAUUAAAUAAUUUAUUUAUAAAUAUAAACACAUUAUUUUUUACCAUAACAGUAAUGGAAUAGAUUGUUGUUGAUCUUAGCGUGUAGUCGAUUUCUAUAUAAUUUAAUCUGUCGGCCAUAUUA